AUGGUGUUCCAUAAGAGCGUCUCUCUUUUGUCCAAGUUGCGUUCUCGUGCUGUCCAACAACCAGGUCUCCGCAAUUCUGUCAGAUGGCUUCAAGUCCAGACCUCCUCUGAUGUUGACCUCCAUUCUCAGCUGAAGGAAUUGAUCCCAGAACAACAGGAGCGUCUAAAGAAACUUAAGUCGGAACAUGGAAAGGUUCAGUUGGGGAACAUCACCGUUGAUAUGGUGCUUGGUGGCAUGAGGGGAAUGACGGGAUUAUUGUGGGAAACCUCAUUGCUUGAUCCAGAAGAGGGAAUUCGCUUCCGGGGAUUGUCUAUUCCUGAAUGCCAGAAGUUGUUACCAGCAGCAAAGCCCGAUGGUGAACCAUUGCCUGAGGGUCUCCUCUGGCUUCUUUUAACAGGAAAGGUGCCAACAAAGGAACAAGUGGAUGCAUUAUCAAAGGAAUUGAGAAAUCGUGCUACUGUCCCAGAUCAUGUAUAUAAAACCAUUGAUGCAUUACCUGUUACUGCUCAUCCAAUGACUCAGUUUGCAACCGGAGUCAUGGCUCUUCAGGUUCAAAGUGAAUUCCAGAAGGCAUAUGAGAAAGGAAUCCACAAAUCAAAGUAUUGGGAACCAACAUACGAGGAUUCCCUUAGUUUGAUUGCUCAACUUCCAAUCGUAGCUUCCUAUGUCUACCGCAGGAUUUACAAGAAUGGACAGGUUAUACCAAUGGAUCACUCUCUAGAUUAUGGUGGAAAUUUUGCCCACAUGUUAGGGUUUGAUAAUCCCUCUAUGUUAGAGCUUAUGAGGCUUUAUGUCACCAUCCACAGUGAUCAUGAGGGUGGGAAUGUUAGUGCCCAUACUGGUCAUCUAGUUGCCAGUGCCUUGUCUGAUCCCUAUCUCUCAUUUGCUGCUGCAUUAAAUGGUUUAGCUGGUCCACUUCACGGCUUGGCUAAUCAGGAAGUCCUGCUAUGGAUCAAAUCUGUGGUAGAAGAGUGUGGGGAAAAUGUCAGCGAAGAACAUCUGAAAGACUAUGUCUGGAAGACAUUGAAUAGUGGAAAGGUUGUCCCUGGAUUUGGACAUGGAGUUCUGCGCAAGACAGAUCCAAGAUACACAUGCCAGAGAGAAUUCGCACUAAAGCAUUUGCCUGAUGAUCCAUUAUUUAAACUGGUUUCCAAUCUAUAUCAAGUAGUGCCCCCUAUACUGUUGGAACUAGGCAAGGUGAAAAACCCUUGGCCCAAUGUAGAUGCCCACAGUGGAGUUUUGCUCAACCAUUAUGGUUUAACAGAAGCAAGAUAUUACACUGUACUCUUCGGUGUAUCAAGGGCUAUAGGCAUUUGCGCACAGCUUAUAUGGGACCGAGCUCUAGGACUGCCACUCGAGAGGCCUAAAAGUGUGACAAUGGAAUGGCUUGAGAAUUACUGCAAGAAAGCAGCUUAAAAGCUUCAAACUUCCACAAAGACAUAGAAAACCGCAGUACAAUUCUUAAAAAUAGUUUGCCAGAGAAAAUCAUUUAUUUUGUGGAGAAAGCAAAGGUUACGGCAUAUUUCAGUUAUAUCCCAGGGUAUGUUUGAUUUGGACGAUUAUUUUUACCGUUAUCCCCAAAUUUUUGAUGUAAUCUAGUGGCGCGGCAUGUUGAAUUUACUACUAAUUUAUAGACCCGUGGUACAAUAAUAGGUCGAUACCACGAUGUUACCCAUACUUUUGCUAAAUUUUAUGCAAUGGAAUGGGGAGUUUGUUCUUCAAACUUGUACCAUCCAAAGAAUGGUUGAUUUGUGUUGCCUACA